GGGGUUGUGCUGGCGCUGUCCCUCCUCCUUGGUGCUGAUCGCUGGUGCCCUCCUCCAUACACCUGGCCUGGAGAGACCCCCACACAUCCUGCCAUGCUCCGUGUUGCCCUGUAUCUCCCUGGCAGGAUGUUACUGACAGGCUCCCUAUAGGCACCCGGAGGAGCCACCAUCAUGCUCUACCCCUUCCCCUCUCAUCACCUCCCCGGAUUGGGGGUGCGGCCGGCCAUCUCCUGUCUUAGCCUGCUCACCCUGCUGCUCUGCUGGGAUGUGGGGGGCUGCAGGAGAGUGUCCUCGGGGUCCCCUGCCCCACAGAUCACCGAUCUCCGCUCCCAGAUCUCCGGGGUAGAGGAACUCUUGGAAGAAUUCCGCAAGCAGCUGCAGCAGCAGAGGCCGGCGGAGGAGGAGGACUGGCAGCAGGACUGGCACCGGCACCGGCAGCAGCAUGGACGGGACCAAGAGGAGGAGGCAGCAGCCAUGCAACAAGAGCUGCAGGAAGUGGCCGUGCGACCCUUCGGGGACUCCGGGGAGGAUGUGUGUAACUUCAACCAGCAGGAGGACUAUAUCAUCCGCACCAAGGACUCGCUGGAGGCCGGAGCCACCUUCCUGAAGGCCCCGGCCGAGGUGUACACUUGGAGGCAGUGCCUGGAGGUGUGCUGCUCCCUGCCCCGCUGCUCGGCCGCCGUGCUGGAGAGGACGGGCAGAGGGCUCAGCUGCUUCCUCUUUGACUGCACCCAUCAUGGGCACAAUGUGUGCCAGUUCUCUCCUCACAGGGACUACUCCAGCUUCACCCUCACAGGCCGCAAUGUCUCCGGCAGCCAGGAUGCUGACAAACCACCCAACAGCAAUGCUGGGCAAGAUGUGGUACUUCAGCUGCCUGUCGACUGGGUUAUACUGGAUGGACGAGAAAGCAGUGAUGACCAUGCCAUCGUUCGAUAUGAGUGGACUCUGCUUCAAGGAGACCCUUUAGUAGAAAUGAAGGUUCCCCAACCAGGGACACUGAGGCUUUCCCAUCUGCAAGAAGGGAUGUAUACCUUGCAGCUGACUGUAACGGAUACAUCUGGACAGAAGAGCUCAGACAAUGUCUCUGUCAAUGUCCUCCCUGAAGAGCAUCAUAAGUCUGCAUCCACAUCAUGUAGUGGCACGUGCUCCCGCUACCAGUUCCUAUGUGACGAUGGCUGCUGUAUCGAUAUCACCCUGGCCUGUGACAGAGUGGUGCAGUGUCCGGAUGGCUCUGAUGAAGCUUUCUGCCAGAACUUCAGUUCUGGUCGUAAGACGGUGAUUCACAUAUCUGAUAAAACAAGCCACCCGGCUGACUCAGGAAGGGAGACUGACAAAGAAAAGGAAUCUGCUGUGGAAAAAUCAAGAGUCCCAGGGCAGAAGAUUUCUGUGUCCUCCAAUGCAGAAACAAAUCGGACACUUCCUGAGGAACGGAAUGACCAUAGUAUGCUUAAGACAGGAGCCAUUGUACCACACACAACACUGGACCCAAGAGGAAAUCUGGAAGCAGUACCAGCCACUGUUUCAUCGAAUACCGAGAAAGAAGCCGAGAAGAAUUUCUUAAUCUCAAAAGACAUUCUAAAGGGUAAUGGACACCCUGCACCUGAAGCAGGAGCUGUUUUACCAUUGGCACUUGGUUUAGCGAUUACAUCCCUACUGCUAUUGAUGGUAGUUUGUCGUCUCCAGCUAGUGAGAAAGAAGCUGAAGAAAGCUCGUCCAUUAACUUCUGAAGAGUCAGAUUAUCUCAUAAAUGGCAUGUAUCUGUAGCAGUCUACCCCUUCUUUUGUUUUCCUGAUCCUGCAUAACUUAACUUAUUGUCCAUACCUGAACUCUAUACAUACUUAUAAUACAUAAACGGAUUGUGUCUGUUUUUUUCUUUCCUUAGAGGUGUAAAAAGAGGAAAGUAAUCUGUAAAGUGUGACACUCCAACCGUGGUGUCAUUAUCAGGCAUGGGUAAUUAAGAGAUCUACAGUACUUGUUUAAGAGACUAAAGGAAUCUCGAAAAUGUUUCCAUUUGUCAUGAUGUUUAGUAAAUAAAUUCUGUAGGUGUGUA